AUGUCCGUCUCGGAGGCGCCAGGGCAUGGAACCAACAUCAACGCCGCAAACUGCCCCACCUCCUCGGUCAGUGUCGCUGCUUGCGCCUCCGCAUUCUUGGGUAUCCACAUCACAUCCUCCGGCUCCGGAUACUUCGAGAAUGUGUGGGUUUGGAACGCUGAUCAUGAUCUUGACGAUCCAAAUCAAUCACGGAUCAAUUCCUUCAGCGGACGCGGCAUCCUUGUUGAGUCGGCGCGCGGUCCGGUGUGGCUUGUCGGAACUGCAUCAGAGCAUCAUGUCAUUUAUCAAUAUGCCUUUCACAAUGCCCAAAAUAUUUACGCUGGUCUCAUCCAGACGGAGACACCGUAUUUCCAGCCGACUCCUAUCCCUCCUGCACCGUUUUCGACCAACCCGCUUUAUGGAGAUCCGUCAGAGGCUGUAGUCGACGCCUGGGGCCUGGUUAUCACACGCUCUUUCAAUAUGUUUGUUUAUGGGGCGGGGUUGUACAGCUUUUUCCAGACAUAUGGGCAAGGAUGUGUCACCACGCGGAACUGCCAGAACUCGAUGGUUCUGGUCGACCGCGAGUCCUCUGCCAUAUAUAUUUAUCAGUUGACCACAACUGGAACGACAAAUAUGAUCAGCUACCCUGGAAAUGUGUCGAUCGCCCUCCAAGCGGACAACAUCGAUGGGUAUGCGAGCACGCUGACGCUCUGGGAGGCAGAUGUGACGGCACUGGCGCUCCCGGCAACGGUUCGGGCGGCGGCGGCGGCGGAGUCUUUGGAAAUUGGAACUUCAUACCUUGGAGUGCGCCAUCGUGUCUUGUUGUCGGCGCUUGUUGCAACUGAUUAUCCAGAUCCCAACCCAAUUCCGCCGGCAAAUGCUGUCUCGGAGACCUUUGCCGUCGCCGGUGGCCCGACCACCGUCAUCCCGAUUCCCAGUCAGCCCACAAUCAUCAGUGUCGGCGGCCAAAUCAUCUUCCUGGAGCCAGGCGGAACACCCGCUACCGCAUUGCUUCCCUCCACGCUUACAGAGGUUAACGGCGUUACGCCUACGUGGAGCUUCCAGAUCAUGCCGCCACCCACUGGCCCCAUCACGUUCACUGCCCCAACUUCGGGCAGCGCAACCUUCACAACGGUUGUCCAGCCGCCCGGAACCGGGGCAGUUCAGACGGUAACUGGCCCAGGGGGUACCAAGUGGUCGAUAUCUGGCGCCCCCACGGGCCCUGUGGUCCUCGGGACCUUGCCGACCUCCAUCGGUAUUUCCGGCGGAAUCACGCCGACGCCGAUCAUGCCCAUCGGGUGGCUCGGCCCGUGGACUGAUCCGGUCUUUCCUUUCACUGUGACCACGGGGCAACCACCUCAGUUGAACACGGAUAUUCCAUGGAAUCCGAAUCCGUUCCCACCGCCUGGCGCUAAGACGGAGACCUUUGUUUGUUCAGGGACGACGACGAGCUUCCCAAUACCGACUGCCACGACCACGGUUUUUGCUGGAGGGGCGACUAUCACGUUGAAUAGUGGAGGCACGCCUGUUGGUGGUCCUUUGGUCACUCAAUGCUCCGAAGUCGGCGGUAUCUUCCCAACCUGGUCAUUGGAUAUCAUCCCUCCACCAGGCGCUGCGACCAUCACAUUCACCGGUCCACUCACGUCAACGCCGACGUACUUCAGCAUUGUACCCGUGCCCCCGAAGUCGGACUCGCCCAAACCAACAGUGACAGGGCCACCACACGACCACAACCGGUGUAACGAUCUGAACAUCUGGCAGCUACUCUUCGGCGGCUUCAUCGACCCGUGCCUGCCCAUCGACGUCGGCAUCAUCAACGGCAUCACACCGGUCCCGAUUCCGCCCCCCGGCUGGAAGGGUCCGUGGACCAAUCCUAUUCCACGUCCGACACCGCCUCCACCGGGCGGCGGCGGCGACGACCAGAACACGCAGUCUGUGAGUCAGUCCAGCGCGAGCCAAUCGUCGUCGUCCUCGACAGCGUGCGCGACCCGCCCGGCGGAUCUAACAUUGCCAGACGACCCGAAUAACGCCGACUGGGAUGGGCAGGGCACGGACCCCGACCGACGCCGGAAACGCAAAAAUGCAGGCCGUUCUCAAGCUCAGUCGACGCAAGAGCGGUAUGUUACGCAGGGGUCGCCUGCUGCGAGGCUCGCAGCGUGGAGCAAGACGAUGUUAAGCAAAACAGCGGAACCGCUGCGGCUUGUGUGGAACUGGCGUCGGCAGGCGGCACCAGUCACGGUAUCGCUCCCACCGCAGCUGACGUCUCCGCGUCUGCCUUCUGCGAUCACGGCACUUGAUUUAUCUAAGCGGCCCGCAAACGGCACACACCAGCUCUUCCGCCGAAACCGACGCGUAAACAUCCCACGCUGCCCGGGCGUGAUGGUGACCAACACGCAAAACGUUCUUCUGGGCGCUGCCGACUACGUCGUGCUUGACCCGGCGAAUGGAGUCACUGGCACCACGCUGAUCGGCCGACCAGUAGGUGGGAAGCCUGUCGGAGAAGUGAAUCAGGAGCACGUUUUCGAACUGGGAUACAUCGGACAGUGGGUUGAGUCGGCCCCAAUGCGGGCUGGUGACUGUAACUGGGUUUCGCAUAAUCUAAUUGACUACGUGCGAACGGAUGGCAGCACGAUGGGUCUUGCGAUUGUCCAAGCUAUCGACCAGGGCCCGAAUAUGGUCUGGGUUGAUAAACCUUUGAAUCAAGCCAAAUCAAAUGUAGUGAAUCAGAACGCGAAUACAGCGCAGAAUCCUCCGAUGCGGGCGGCCAUGGAUACCAUUGCCGGCUCUGCAAGUUUCAGAGAUGCCUCUGAUACAAUUUAUCGAAUAGAGUUUUUCCUGCGAAACUUGGCCGCCACUGGACAAUACUUCGCUGGCACGACACAGAUUUUCCAGGACACUGCGCUGCGUGUGCAGAACCUACUCUCAGAAAUUACCCCAACCGAUGUCCUGGCCGACGAUGCGAGCCUGCCGCUCAUGUUCAACACGUGGCUGACCAACCUGAUCAACACGUAUCCCGCGGGCUGCACGUCGCGGGGCCAGAAUGCGUGGACGUAUUAUCGAAACGCAAUGGGGACACUGGCGACGAGGCUGGGCGUGCCCGUCCCCGCGUGCUUCCCGCUCUAUUCGGCCAAUGUGUACAACCCCUCCACGUUUAGUGCCCGCUUGCUGAUUCCCACCGCGCCGACGUCUCCUCGGUGCAAUGUUCCGGGAACCGACGGAGUGCUAACCUACACGGAAGUCGCGCCGGUCGGGGUGUCUCCAGCCGUCGGUAUCCUCGAAUACGGCACCAACAACAACGAGGUCCAAAUCAUGGGAUCUGGAAACACGAACCGCUAUGGCGUAGGCUCCGGCGCGUCGCGCAGCGGCCACCACCUGCAGGGCCGGGCGCUGAGUGCAUUCAGCGCGACGGACUGCCCUAACACGUUUCUGUUCGACGACGUCGCGGCGGGGACGGCCGGGUACGCGUCGGCCGAACUGGCGUUCACGUGCGGCAACGGGCUCGGCCCACAGACCGUCGACGUCACGUUCGUGAUGGGCGGCCGGCCCCUGCCGGCGUGCAUCCUCGUGCGCCGCGACGGCACUGCGCCGUGGAAAGUGCUGUGCAGCCCCACGGCCCAGGAGACGAACAACUGCGCGGGCACCUUCAUCCUCUCCGGGGCGCCGGGCCUCCGCCGCGCGCUGGAUCCGCUCAGCAAAGCUAUCUCAGAGCUCAGUUUCUCAGUUUCCGGCGGACUCUAA